AUGCCCGCUUCUGCUCCUUUGGUCAACACUGCCAAUGGCGGAUCCAAUGCCAACGAUAACAUCACUCGCUUCGAACCCCCCAGCCGGGUGCUCUCCCCUUUCACCCAUACCCUUUUUCACAACAAGACACGAUGCUUCGUAUAUGGUAUGCAGCCCCGGGCUGUGCAGGGUAUGCUUGACUUCGACUUCAUUUGCAAGCGCAGCACUCCCUCCGUCGCUGGUAUCAUCUACACCUUCGGUGGCCAAUUCGUGAGCAAGAUGUACUGGGGCACCAGUGAGACUCUUUUGCCUGUCUACCAGGAUGUCUCCAAGGCUAUGGCCAAGCAUCCCGAUGUUGACACUGUUGUCAACUUCGCUUCUUCCCGCUCCGUAUAUAGCUCCACGAUGGAAUUGAUGCAAUGUCCGCAGAUUAAGUCCAUUGCUAUCAUUGCGGAGGGUGUUCCGGAGAGACGUGCUCGUGAGAUACUGGUGACUGCCAAGGAGAAGGGCAUCACUAUUAUUGGCCCUGCUACAGUCGGGGGAAUUAAGCCCGGCGCUUUCAAGAUUGGUAACACUGGUGGUAUGAUGGACAAUAUUGUCGCUUCUAAGCUGUACCGUAAGGGAUCUGUCGGCUACGUCUCCAAGUCCGGUGGUAUGUCAAACGAAUUGAACAACAUAGUUUCUCAAGUCACCGAUGGGGUCUACGAGGGUGUUGCUAUUGGUGGAGACCGCUACCCUGGUACCACUUUCAUUGAUCAUUUGCUCCGCUACCAAGCUGAACCAGAGUGCAAGAUCCUCCUCUUGCUUGGUGAGGUUGGUGGUGUUGAGGAGUACCGUGUUAUUGAGGCUGUCAAGAAGGGUAUUAUCACCAAGCCCAUUGUGGCCUGGGCUAUUGGUACCUGUGCCAGCAUGUUCAAGACGGAGGUUCAGUUUGGCCACGCCGGUGCCUCGGCCAACUCCCAACUGGAGACGGCUGUGAACAAGAACAAGGCCAUGCGUGAGGCUGGUAUCUACGUUCCAGACACUUUCGAGGAGCUCCCUCAAGUGCUGAGAGAGGUCUACGAUGAACAGGUCCGGAAGGGCAUCAUCAAGCCUCAGCCCGAACCUGUUCCCCCCAAGAUCCCCAUCGACUACUCGUGGGCCCAGGAGCUGGGUCUUGUUCGUAAGCCCGCUGCCUUCAUUUCUACUAUCUCCGAUGAUCGUGGCCAAGAGCUUCUGUACGCUGGUAUGCCCAUCUCUGAUGUCUUUAAGGAGGAUAUUGGCAUUGGCGGUGUCAUGUCUCUGCUGUGGUUCCGUCGUCGUCUGCCAAGCUAUGCUAGCAAGUUCUUGGAGAUGGUUCUUAUGCUCACCGCUGACCACGGUCCUGCCGUUUCUGGUGCCAUGAACACUAUUAUCACUACCCGUGCAGGCAAGGACUUGAUCAGCGCCCUGGUCUCUGGUCUGCUUACUAUUGGUUCUCGCUUCGGUGGUGCCCUCGACGGCGCUGCUGAGGAGUUCACUAAGGCCUUCGACAAGGGCCUUAGCCCCCGUGAUUUCGUCGACGGAAUGAGAAAGGAGAACAAGCUGAUCCCGGGUAUUGGACAUCGUAUCAAGUCUCGUAACAACCCUGAUCUACGUGUGGAGCUGGUCAAGGAGUACGCCAAGAAGCAUUUCCCUAACACCAAGCUGCUUGACUACGCCAUCGCUGUUGAGACUGUCACUACCUCCAAGAAGGACAAUCUCAUUUUGAACGUCGACGGCUGUGUUGCUGUCUGUUUCGUUGAUCUCAUGCGCAACUGUGGCGCCUUCUCCCCUGAGGAAGUCGAGGACUACAUGCGCAUGGGCGUUCUCAACGGCCUCUUCGUUCUUGGCCGUAGCAUGGGUCUGAUCGCGCACUACCUCGAUCAGAAGCGCCUGCGCACUGGUCUUUACCGACACCCGUGGGAUGACAUCACCUACCUGCUUCCUGCCCUUCAGAAGGGUGGCUCGGAAGGUCGUGUCGAGGUCAACAUUUAA